AUGUUGGAUAAGUCGGUGAUAGUGUUCAUCGACGACAUCCCAGUGUAUUCAAAUAAUGAAGCCGAGCACGCAAGUCAUUUACGAGAAAUGUUGGAUACGCUAAGAAGAGAGAAGUUAUACGCAAAAUUCUCAAAAUGUGCUUUCUGGUUACGAGAAGUGCAAUUUCUCGGGCACGUUAUUAGUGUGAACGGGGUGUUGGUAGACCUGUCAAAAAUAGAAGCAGUGGCAAGAUGGAAUCCACCGAAGAAUCCUUCGGAAAUCAGAAGCUUUUUGCGGCUCGCGGGAUAUUAUCGGAGAUUCAUACAAGAUUUCUCCGAGAUUGUCGUGCCAUUAACCAAAUUAACUCGUACAGACGAAAAGUUUUUAUAUGGGGCAAAGAUCAAGAAAAAGUGUUCCAAACGCUUAAGGAAAAACUGA